UAAGUUACCAGCGAGCGGCGGAAUUGAUAACUUGUGUAAACAGUCGCAUCCGCCGCUGCUCCGUUCGGGCCAUUUGCAUGCGGACGUUGAUAUUCGGGAAAUGCUAAGUGCCACUUGCGUCUCCGUCGGAGUCGCCGCAGCAGUCCUCCGGCGCGAGUGAGUCCCCGGCCAGGAAAUGGCGAGCUGGUGACGAGCGCGCGUCCGGCCGCACUCGGCGCCGUGAUCGAUUGGCGCCGCUGAUCCGUAAUUGCCGGAGAUUCGCGCCCGCGCCCCCGCACCUCCGUCGCUCUCUCCCGCCGCCAUGUCGGGCGUGGUCGCCACCGAGACCGUCCGGCCCAGCCACAACUCCGCCUUCAGCGCCGUCGUCAGGAAGCGCUUCUCCUUCUCGGUGGACUCCAUCCUCGCCAGCUCGCCGCCGAAGGACGCGCCGAAGGACACCGCCGCCGACGGCCUCCCCCCCCCGCAGACGCCGCCGGAGGAGCCGCUCUCGCCCGCCGAGGACAGACUCUCCGCCAAGCCCCUGGAGGACGACGACGACCACGAGGGCGACGACGGAGACAUCACCGUCGACUCGGAGCCCGACGACGCCCCCGGCCGCAGCGACGCCCGCCUGGCCCCGCUCCUCGAGGACGCCGCCCACAAGACGCCGCCGCCCCUGGCCAGCCUCCUGGUCCACACGGGCGCGGUGGGGCCGCCCUUGCCUCCGCCCUCCACCUCCGCCGCCUCCAUCACCCCGGCCAGCCUGCCCGGCGCUUGGCCUCCGAACCUCCUCCUCCACCACCAGCUGGCCCUCCGCGCCCUCACCAAGUCUCCGGAGCCGCCGAAGUUCCUGGGGCCCGUCAAAGUGACCCUCCGGAAGCACAAGCCCAACCGCAAGCCGCGCACGCCCUUCACCACGCAGCAGCUGCUGUCGCUCGAGAAGAAGUACCGCGAGAAGCAGUACCUGAGCAUCGCCGAGCGCGCCGAGUUCUCCGCGUCGCUCAGCCUGACGGAGACGCAGGUCAAGAUCUGGUUCCAGAACCGCCGCGCCAAGGACAAGCGCCUCAAGGAGGCCGAGCUGGAGAGGCUGCGCUACAGCUCGCGGCCGCUCCUGCCGCACACGCCCCUCCUGCCGCCCGCGUCCUUGCUGCCGCCCUUCCUCCUGCCGCCGGCGCUGUCGCACCCGCACCAGCUGCCUCCCAGCUUGCGGCACAUCGCCGGCCAGGACCCGCGGCCGCCGCAGCCCUUCUCCGUGCCCUCCAGCGCCGCGGGGGGGACAGCGGGGGCGCCCUGCCUCCAGUAGCUCCUCUCAAGAAGGGGGAGGACGAGGCAGCGGGGAGGAGACAGGAGGAGGAGGAAGAGAGGAAGAAGAAGAGGGAGAAACAACAAUCAUCAUCCUCAUCACCACCCGUUCAUCACCAGCAUCAUCUUCAUCACUC